AUGUAUUUCUCUGAAGCACAGAAGGUGCGGUUCGGUACACAUAUGUUAGCUGAGGAAGCUUGUGACUGGUGGAUCAACAUUCGUCAGGUGUUGGAUGUUGCAGCUGAAGUUGUAACUUGGGCUGUGUUCCGUGGGGAAUUUCCGAGAAAGUACUUUCCUGAUGAUGUUUGUGGGAAGAAGGAGAUUGAGUUUUUGGAGAUGAAGCAGGGUAACUUGUCGGUUAUUGAGUAUGUUUCCAGAUUUGUUGAACUUGCUAAGUUCUACUCUCAUUAUAGUGAGGUGACUACUAAGUUCUCGAAGUGUAUCAAAUUCAAGAAUGGUUUGCAUCCUGAGAUUAAGCAGGUGAUUCGAUGUCAACAAAUCAUAAGGUUUCCAGAGUUGGUGAACAGCUGUAGAAUUUAUGAGGAUGAUAGGAAGGCUCGAUCGGCUUACUACAAGGGGUAG